AUGAAGUGCCGCUCCAAGUCCCGCGCGGGGUGUCGGACCUGCAAGAUCAAACGGCUGAAAUGCGGCGAGGAGCUCCCGCACUGCCGGAACUGCGUCUCCAAGGGCGUCGCUUGUCCGGGCUACCAGAAGGACCUUAAAUGGUCGACCAAGUACGAGAAUCGCCGCGUGUCAUUGGCCGCUGAGCCUGUCGAGUUUGACCAGCUCGUCUCCGCUGUGUCAAAGUCGAUUCGGGCACGCCCUGACCGGAAAGGACCAGCGCGACAGAAGCAGGAAACAAGACAGACUGCCGCAAAUGAACCCCUCGCAAGCAGUACACAAGAUGGAGACCUUCUUCUUGAUCAUGUCCCACCGGACUCGAACCAGCUCGCUGCCAACAGCCUCGUUCAGUUGGACACUCUGACGGCUUCCAACAUGAGCCAUUCUGAUGAGCAUUCGGCCGAUAAGGAUGCAAUAGGAACGAUCCCACAGCACGACAACAGACUGUUUAAAUCGCCACAGCCCAUUGGCAAGCACUCGGGUGGCACUAACCUGAUACCACAAAGUCCCAGCCUCUGUCAAAGCCUAACCCAACCGUCCACUAGACUGGUAGAGCUCUGGUUCGAAUCAGUGUGUGGCGUGUGGUCUGCAUUCGAUUCACCAGCCAAUCCAUUCCGCCGCCUCUGCUCAUCCCUAUGGGGCUCCUCAGAGGUUGUGUUCUAUUCCCUUCAGAGUAUGGCCAGCGCGUCACUCGCCAUUGAUUCACCUAGCGUCAAAGAAAUCGCAACACAAGCUCCAAGACUAGCCAACCAAGCACUGAUACAAGAGUUGCAAGCUCUAUUCGAAGCGCCCAACUCUGUAUCUUCAGUUCCCGCCGGUCUACUCAUUUCCCUAUUCUGCAUGAGCUCAUCCUGCAGCUGGGCAGAUUCUAGAGAGCUGGGGCUGCAGUACCUGGGAAACGCUCGCGUUGUGCUGGAUCUUCUCGAGCUAAACCUUCAUUCCUUGCAUCAGGAGGACCGCCAACUGUUGGGCUUCUUCAGAGGAUGUCUCGUCUAUGAACAGAUGCUCCGUGGUAUCGUUAGCAACCGUGAAGAAGACCUCAGUGCACUCUUGGAGUGGAAUGCAGUCGACCCAGCGGCAGAUCCUCUUGAUCUACACUCUUGGACGGGUGUUUCCACUAGCAUUGUCAUGUUACUUGGGAAAUCAAUGGCCUUGUGUCGCAAGUCUCGCGAUCUUUGGCGUCACCGACCAAUUGCGACCUACAAUCGGAUGCUUCAGGCGCUUCACGAUAUCGAACAAGGGCAACAACUUGAGGAACGACUCUUGUCAAUUGAGGUCCCCACGAAAUCCGAAGAACGCGAUACCGAAUGUGAUGAAGACGCUAUUCGGGUCGAUCUAUACAACGCCACUGAAGCCUUUCGCCUGUCAUCGCUGUUGCAACUAUACCAAAGCUUUCCUGACCUGCUCUCAAGGCGCCUCCCGGGCGAGGAAGCCGGAGAAGGCCAGAUGACCCAGAGCCAGUGGGUGACAGGGCUCGCUGUCCGUAUCAGCAAGAUCAUAGAGGAAAUACCAUCCGCAUCGCCCAUGCGCUGCUUGCAGCCAUUACUUUGCGUGUGUGCAGGCAGUGGCUUGCGAUACGAGAUGAUCGAAGUCCCGCAGGUUUCAUGCAAUGAAACCCUGUUGGUCUCCGGCUCGGAACAGGGCGACGUGUCCGAAGAUCUAGACACAAUCCCAACAGCCUUAUCCGAUAGCAGAUCCCUCGAAGUGUCUCAGGCAAGAGAAUUCCUGCUCUCGCGGUUGAGCGAGCUGGAGCAAGGUAUACUGUCAAACUCAGUGACUGUCGCGAAGCAGUUGCUGCUUGCGAUAUGGUCAGCAUUUGACAAGGACACGCCGCUGGAGCAGAGCCAUUGGAUAGAUAUUAUGACUGGCACGAAGUCAUGGACCGUCUUUGGGUAA